AUGUGGGAAUUAGAAUUCAUGAACUCAAUGUUCGUGUAUGAAUCGGACAAUAUUGAUGUGGCCUACUACACCUCACAGACACUUGAACUAGAGUUGGAAGCAAGCAUUACUAGUGUAUUUCCUCUCUUUACCAUUACAUUUACGUUAUUGAUAACGUUCUCCAUUGUGUGCUGCAUCAUGGCAGACUGGGUGCGAAGUAAUCCGAUGUUGGGUCAGCUUGGCGUCUUGUCUGCUGGGCUGGCUAUUGUCUCCUCUCUCGGACUGAUGAGCUACUGUGGUGUACCUUUUAUUAAUGUUGUAGCAUCGAUGCCAUUCCUUAUUUUAGGAAUUGGAGUUGAUGAUAUGUUUAUUAUGAUAGUUGCUUGGAGGAAAACACCGUCGAAGUUCACCGUAGAAGAGCGAAUGGGACAUGCAUAUUCCGAGGCAGCCCUAUCCAUCACAAUAACAAGCAUUACAGAUUUUCUGGCAUUCUGUAUUGGAGCCAUUUCGUUCUUUCCUGCCGUGCAGAUAUUCUGUUUAUACACCGGAGUCGCCGUACUUUUCGACUACCUCUACCAAAUCACUUUCUUUGGGGCGUGCAUGGCACUCUUCGGACGCCGUGAAGCUGCCAAUCGUCACUGUUGCUCUUGCAUGAAAGUGCUACCAAAGAAAGAGUUUCCGUCUACGACAUAUCGACUUUUUUGCGCAGGUGGGUGGUCAGAUAAAACACUCCCAGACGACGAAGCAAGCGAACACGUUUUUAAAGGCAUUCGACUUAAAAACUUGGCCAAUGAUGAUUCGUAUGCAACCACAUUCUACGAUUUGGAUGAUGAAUAUUUCAAAGUUUAUGGCCCGAUAGUGUCAUUUACCAUCGACGAAGAGGUUGACUAUUCCAGUAAAAUCGUUCAAACCAAACUGUAUGACGUAAUUGAAGAACUGAAAGUGAACGAUUAUUUCCACAGUAGCAAUUCUACUGUUCAGUUCUGGUUAACCGAGUUUCUUGUUUUUAUGGAACAGAAUAAUAUUACUUAUUCGAACAAAGACCAGUUUAUUCAAAUUUUAAGGAGCAUGUUUCUAGUUCGCCCCACCGUGUUUGACACUGACAUCCAAUUCAACGACGACAACACCAGUAUCGUUGCAUCUCGGUUUUUGAUUUCCUCGUCAGAUUCUAGUACAGCGAACCGUGAACGCAACAUCAUGGUGGAAUCGCGUCGCAUAGCCGACAAGUCAGACAUCCAGAUGUUCGCGUACCAUCCCGCCUUCGUCUUUUAUGAACAAUACAUUGCUAUACUGUCCAACACUCUGCAAAACAUAGGCAUUGCAGCAGGCGCAAUGUUCCUUGUGUCCCUUAUUUUGAUACCGCAUCCACUGUGUUCGUUAUAUGUGACACUGGCAAUCGCAUCUAUCUCACUCGGUGUAAUUGGCUAUAUGACGCUAUGGCAUGUGAAACUGGACGCUGUAGCGAUGAUUAAUAUUAUCAUAUGUAUAGGUUUCAGUGUGGACUUUUCCGCUCAUAUCACCUAUGCUUUUGUUAUUGCACCACAUCACUCUCGAAAUAAGCGUUCAGUCCACGCUCUCUACCUUCUAGGCUGGCCCAUAUUAGAAGGUGCUUUGUCAACAAUAUUGAGACCAUGUAGAUCGCCAGAAAAAGAGGAAGUAGGUGAAAUGCAUACAAUUGAUCCUAUAAGCGGGGUAACUGAGACCAAACACGGACACCAGAAUCCACUUACGGAUGCCAAAAUGGAAAUCUGGUCGAAGGAAGUCUGCUCAUCUAACAGAAGCUUGCGUCGAAUUAGCUCCGAAACAAUGCACACCACAACAUGUGAACAAUAG